AUGGUCGACACAGAUCUCUCUGCUUUGCCUAAGGAAUUGCGUAAGCUGAUCAAGGAGCGUCGGUCAAUCAAGGACUCGAUAAACUCCAUCAGGGACUAUGUCAACAAAUUCAUUCUGGCAAGUUCAUCCGUGCGUCAACUACAAAUCCGUUUAUCAAAAUUGACUGCAUUUAUGGCUGAGUUGUCUGUCACUCAAGAAGCCAUUGUUGAUUUUGAUCUGGGACAUGAUGAUAUCACUGAACAAGUUGCAUUUGAUGACUUCACAUUCACAUUAGUGGCUGACAUGGAAGAGCUUAUAGAAGAACAUGGGCCAAGUGCAACGUCAAGUUCAAUGUAUCCUAGCAACCAGUCAAGUGCAUCAGUCAAUGAAUCUAUGAGAUUGCCUACAAUUAACAUUCCCACGUUCAAUGGUGAGAUAGAGAAUUGGGCUUCCUACAUUGACACCUUUAAUGCACUAUUCCACAACAACCAAAAUUUACCUAAUGUUCAUAAAAUGCAUUAUCUUAAGUCAGGUGUCUGCGGUACAGCCGCUGAGGUGAUUAAAAGUUUCUCAAUUACAUCAGAUAAUUACCAAGCCGCCUAUGAUGAAUUAGUAAAGCAAUAUGAAAACAAGGCGUUAACUAUCCAAGUUCAUAUUCGUGCAUUAUUGAAUUCACCAAAGGUACAUACAAAUUGUGCUUCUGAAUUAAAGAAAUUACAUUAUCAUGUUAAUUCUCAUGUUCGCUCUCUUAUCGCUUUAAAGCAACCUGUACAACAUUGGGAUGCCUGGUUGACAACAAUUGUCUGUUGUCAUCUAGAUCCAACUACUGCUGGUGAGUGGCAGCUGCUACAAACCAGCAAGGAACUCCCUGCAUUUAAAGAUAUUGAGUCGUUUCUGUCUAAACGCAUAGCUGCCUAUGAAGUCGGGUAUAUUUCAUCAAAGUCUGAUACAAAACAAACCACUGGAAAGCAAAAUCAGUAUGGAGUCAAAAAACAUGAUGUCAAGGCAUUUUUUGCCAAAAAAUCUGAACCUCAUACUAUCAAGUGUGUGUUGUGUACAGCGCCACAUAGAAUUUAUGCAUGCGACCAAUUCAAUCAAAUGUCAGUAUCUGAGCGUAAGGAUAUUGUAACCAAAUUUAAAUUAUGUUUCAACUGUCUGAACUUCGGACAUCAAGUUGAAUCUUGUUAUUAUCCUGGAUGUCCACGUUGUGGCAAAAAACAUAAUUCAAGACUACAUGCUGACUCGAGCCAUAUGUCAGAACCAGAGAGCUCUACGCAAACUGAGACACAGAAAACCAGUCAACAUAAUGCAGUAUGCCAUGCGAUGACCAGCAAUAAGCAUGCAUCAAGUACCACGUCCACUGUGAUGCUUGCUACUGCUGUAAUAAAUGUUCAUGACUCUGAUGGACGACCGCAACGUUGUAGAGCCAUUUUGGAUUCUGGAUCUCAACUUAAUUUCAUAACGUCAUCUUGUGCUCAACGCCUGCGUUUAAAGAAGACUAAUGUUUCAUUGUCAAUAUCUGGUGUUGGUACUAUGUCUUCUUCCACUGUGCGUUUAAUGCCAUGCACUAUAUCAUCACAUUGUCAAAACUAUCAAUCCUCGAUUGAAUUUCAUUCACUGCCAACAAUAACAGAAAGACUUCCACAACAAAUGUUCAGCAUGGAUCAAUUGAACAUAUCUGAUGAUGUCAAGGGCAAUCUAGCUGAUCCUCAACUCAACGUACCAGCUGCUGUUGACAUAUUAUUUGGCGCCGAGCUAUUUUAUGACAUUUUCCUGGGUGCACGUAAACAGCUGUCCAAACAUAUUAGUGCACACAAUACAAAACUUGGUUGGAUACUUGUUGGUAAAUUAUUUGAGAAGUCAUUGGUUAUGUCAAAAAUAACCAUGCUAUCUACACCAGUAUCCACCAAUUCUGCUUUAAGUCUAUUUACCUCAACUACAAAUGCUCAAUUCAUCGAAGAAGCUCAAGCGGAGAAGCACUUUUCAUCAACUGUUAAGCGUGAUGAAAGUGGGAGAUUUGUUGUAAGGCUUCCAAUUAAUGACAAGAUCACAUUCCUUGGCGAUUCUCGACCAAUGGCAGAAAGGCGGUUUUACAAUUUAGAAAGGAGACUUAGUAAAGAUAAAAAAUUGGCAGAGCAAUAUGACAUGUUUAUUUCUGAAUACUUGGCGUUAAACCACAUGGAGCUGGCAAGUCCUACAUGGACUGGACCAAAAUAUUAUUUGCCUCACCAUCCAGUAUUUAAGACCAAUAGCACAACCACAAAACUUCGAGUAGUGUUUGAUGGUUCUGCCAACACCAAGUCCGGAAUAGCACUCAAUGAUAUUUUGUUGAAAGGACCAAAAGUACAGUCAGAUAUAUUUCAUAUCCUUCUUCGAUUUCGCAUUCACCAAGUAGUGAUCACAGCGGACGUUGAGAAAAUGUACCGACAAGUGUUAGUUGCACCUGAGGAUAGAGACCUCCAACGAAUCCUUUAUCGAAAAAGUCCUACUGAUCAACUACAAGAGUACAGGCUGUGCACUGUAACAUAUGGAACAAAGUCAGCCUCGUAUUUGGCCACUCGUUGUCUAGCUGAGAUUGGAAAAUGCACAGACAAUCCUAAAUUAAAUCGAGUAAUCACUCAAGAUUUCUACGUUGAUGAUCUCCUGAGUGGCGGGGCAUCUGAAGAUGAAUGUUAUCAAAUUUACACUUCACUAUUAAGACAUUUUAGUCCAGCUGGUUUUCCACUUCGUAAAUGGUGUUCCAACUCAGUCAACCUUAUUAACCAAAUACCAUCAGCGUGUAAUGACCCAACGUUUGUAUUAAAACUCAGUGAGGAUGAUACGGUUACAGCCUUAGGACUCACAUGGCAACCUAUCACUGAUCAGUUUCGUUUUACGUUCAAGCAUUGGUCACCGCCGUUAAGCAUGACCAAGCGUACACUAUUAUCAGACAUCAACUCAGUCUAUGAUCCUAUUGGACUCAUAUCCCCUGUACUCAUUCUUGGAAAAAUUUUCAUUCAACAAUUAUGGGGAAUGAAGAUGAGCUGGGACGACAUUAUCUCAUCUGAAUUGCAAGCUCGAUGGAUAAAAUUCUACAACUCUCUUCAGUCGUUGCAUGAAUUGGCCAUACCACGCAAGGUUAUCAACACUGCAGAUUCAAAGAUCACCAUUCAUGGCUUUUGCGAUGCAUCGCAAGAGGCAUUUGGUGCAUGCAUUUACUUACGUUCUACCAGUCCAAAUAGUCAAGUACAAGUACAUCUCCUGGCAUCCAAAUCUCGUGUUGCCCCAAUGAAAGCUACAACCAUCCCUAGACUAGAACUAUGUGGUGCAGUAUUGCUGGCGGAACUGUUGCUAGAGGUAAAAAGUGAACUCAGUUGUUUAGGCAUGCAAUUCAGUAUAAAGGAUAUUUUACUAUGGACUGAUUCAUCAAUUGUUUUGGCUUGGCUAAAAAAUGAAGUCCCUUUGCUAUCAUUCGUGUCAAACAGAGUUGCUCGAAUAUUAGACAUUACAGAUAAUGUUCAAUGGCGCCAUGUUAUUUCUAAGGAAAAUCCUGCCGAUCAAAUAACAAGAGGUAUACAUCCUGCUGCGCUGCCUUCAUUGUCAAUUUGGUGGAACGGACCAUCCUGGUUACUUUUGGAAAGUGAUUCAUGGCCAGGCAUUCCAGAGCUACCAUCAGAAAUCCCUGAAGUUCGUCCAGUAAAAUUAGUGCUGGCUACAACUUAUUCAUCCGAUUCCUGGUUGCUGAACAAAUAUUCGAGUUACAUGCAACUUCUACGUAUAACUGCCUUAGUCCAACGAUUCGUACACAAUUGUACAAUACAGAGGAAACUCAUAGAUCAACGUACAACAGGUGCAUUGACUGUACAUGACCUCAAAGGUUCUAGAGAGUUUUGGAUUCGCAAGAUUCAGGCUGAAGCUUAUCCCUCGGAACUAAAGGCUCUAAAUUCAAACUUACCCAUUCAUCGGUCAAGCUGUCUGCUAAAGCUAAAUCCAUUUGUAGACGGUAUUGGUAUUUUGCGUGUGGCAGGCCGCUUAGCGUAUGCACCAAUACAUGACAAUACAAAGUUUCCAAUUGUAUUGCCGCCCUCUUCAACUUUCACAAGAUUAUAUUUCAAAUAUGAACACCUGAGAUUAUUGCAUGUUGGUCCACAAGCAUUGCUCUCACACAUACAAGUUAAUAACUGGCCCAUCCGUGGACGAAGUCUUGCCAGUCGAAUCGUGCAUCAAUGCAUUCAAUGUUUCCGAACCAAUCCAAAAUCAAUGACGCCUUUCAUGGCUCCCCUACCUCGGCAACGUACCACUAUUGAAAGACCGUUUUCUCAAUGUGGAGUAGAUUUCUGCGGGCCAAUAAUGAUUCGAAGUGGUAUCCGUCGUGUAAAGACUGAAAAGGCAUAUAUAUCGGUAUUUGUGUGUUUAGUCACACGUGCAAUUCAUUUGGAAUUAGUGUCCUCUUUGACUGCCGAUGCGUUUCUAGCCACGCUAACUAGAUUCAUGUCUCGCCGAGGACAAUGUAGUAACCUUUUCAGCGAUAAUGGCACAAAUUUUGUUGGUGCGAAUCGCAAACUCAUGUCUCAGUUUGAGGAAAUUGCCAAGACUCAUGCAACAUCAUCAUAUUUAUCUGAAAAAUCUAUGCAAUGGCAUUUCAUUCCACCCUCAGCACCUCAUUUUGGAGGCCUGUGGGAAGCUGCGGUUAAGUCUUCUAAACAACUCCUGACAAAACUAUCACUAAGUGCAACAUUUACAUUUGAAGAAGCUACAACGUUGCUGUGUGGAAUAGAAGGAGUUUUAAAUUCUAGACCCAUGACUCCGUUAUCCAAUGACCCAUCAGACUAUCAAGCGCUAACACCUGCUCAUUUUUUGAUUGGUGGAGUUAUCACAUUACCACCUGAAGCAGAUUCAUCCACAACCCCGAUAUCUAGACUCAAACGUUUUGCAUUGGUACAAUCUUGCAUUCAACACUUUUGGAAGAGAUGGUCCCGGGAGUACCUUCCUCAAUUACAACGCCGAGGUCGCUGGAUAAAGGUAACUCGAAAUAUGAGAGUAGGUGAUUUAUGUCUUCUCCGACAGGAAAAUCUUCCUCCUACAAGAUGGGCUCUGGUCAGGGUUCAAGAUGUUUAUCCCGGUCCUGAUGGCACCGUUCGAGUGGUCACGUUACGCAAUUCCUCUGGCAACACUUUCAAACGUCCGGUGGUGAAACUUUCUUUGCUACCGAGUGAAGAAGAUGAGAGAGAAGAACCUUAG